CAGAUGAAUGAUUUUGAAGGAGGGGGACUAGCAAUUGGACUGAGCUGCACUCACAUGCAUGCAGAUCCAACGUCCGUCACCAUGCUUCUCAAAUCAUGGACUGAGCUUCACAGAGGCCACCCCAUCUCUCACCCUCCAAUCUUCCACCUCCCUCCACUCCAUCUCCAUGACAAAUCUUCUCCAAACACAAACUCAAAAUACCAUGCAACCAAGUCCAAAGCUGAAACUCCUGCUGUGAAAAUGGCUACAAUUACAUUUAAAUUUUCAAACUCCGUGAUCAAACAAUGCCUAUCCAAAGUCCAUGAUAAGUGCCCUAAUGCCACCCCUUUUGAUGUCCUAGCUGCAAUGUUUUUGACACGGAUUGCGCGAUUGAAGUCACCUCCACAUAACAACCAGACACAAACUCUCUCUAUUUGUAUUGACUUUAGGACACUCAAGCCUGCAUCUAUACCUUUGGGGUAUUUUGGCAAUGCAUUUCAUUUCUCACAACUACCAUUAGAUUCCGAGGUAGUGAAUAAUGGUGAGUUAGGAGAGGUUGUGGGAAUAGUGCACCACCACGCGGCUGGGCUGAAGGAAGAGGAGUUUUGGUCGGAUAUAGAUUGGUUUGAAAAUAGGAAAGGAGAGACUGGGAAGUAUGCACCGCCUUUUAGGAUGUAUGGUCCUGAACUAACUUGUGUUAGCUUGGAAUUUGAACACAUGAACUAUACUUGCCAGAAGCCAUUGAUGUAUGAAGCCAUGUUCAAGGAUGAUGAGAAGCCAGUUCACGUGUCGUAUCGCGUUGGAAAUGUGGAAGGUGAAGGGUUGAUU